CAUGCGUUAUAUGCGUCUCGUGAUACCGGAACCUAGUACCCGAUACCAGCGAAAAUGUCUUACGGAUAUGUGGUGCUGGUAUUAAAAUACCGAGUGCGCAAGGAUACGAACGGCGUGUUCUCGAUUUGAAUUCGGCGGGUAUUUGGGUGAUCUGUGGUUUUGUUGGUGAGCUAGCGGCAUUUUCGGCCAGUGUUACUCGAUUUUUUUUAACGUCUGUCUCAGUAGUACUGUUUUUGGCAUAAUAGGUAUAUUGCCUAGUAUAAAAAAAAAACUACUCCAAUGAUUUAAAUUACAAAUUUUCUCUAGUUGCUUCUAGAAUAUUACCUCUGUCUUAUCUAUAUCCGUCUAGAUUGCUUACUUUACAAAGAAAUCGUCAAAAUCUGCCCUGAUAAAAUGUGAUUAUUUUGAUUAUUCACUCGUAUAUCAGUUUUUAGUACCGCUAUUAAAUACUAAAUUUUUGCGUCAGAUUCCUUAAUACAAAAACUUGUAUUCAAUCAUUCUAUAAAAUGAUAUGGCCGUCUGUCCGUACAUAUUUGUUGUAUCUAUGCAAAAGACAUCUGGAGCAGAGUGCCUCCCGCCAAAACGAGUCAAGCGAAGCGCAAGGGCAGUACCUACUUUUUCUCGAAAAGUUCCGUCGUUUUUCCAACUCUCAUAAAAUAAUGAGUCUCUAAAUUCUAAUAUUAUAAAGUUUUUCUCUAAACAACUUUGUUAAACUCUAAACUGUCGAACAAAAAAAACUAAUGCUUAGAUUGAGAAAAUAAAAUGCCGCUAGAUAUUUUUUUUAAUUUUGUAAAGACCAUAGACACCACAAAGCCGAAAAGAACACACCCGUUUAAAAAAAGAAGCUCAGGCAAUGUAUGCAUGACUUUCCCCAUAAAGCACCGAAAGACCUGGCGCAGACCUCGUAUUUCAUGGCCUCCAACAGUCUCCACCUCACCACCAUGUGUCUGCAAUACCGCCCGACGGUGGUCGCGUGUUUCUGUAUACACUUGGCGUCCAAAUGGAGUAAUUGGGCGAUACCACAAUCGCAUGAGGGCCGCCACUGGUUCUCAUAUGUGGACAGGACUGUGACCAGCGACCUAUUGGAGAAACUCACCGCCGAGUUUCUGCUGAUCUUUGAGAAAUGUCCGUCUCGGCUCAAGAGGAAGAUGAUGUCCAUGUCCAACACUCCCAGCGGUUCCCCGCACUCGCACGCGCCGCACCCGGGUUCCUCGGGCGGCGCGGACAAGAAGCACCCGCAGCCGAUCAGCGAGGAGUUUGACAAGUCAGCCUUCGAUAAGGAAUACGAACGCGAGCGACGUCGCCAGCCAGCGCCGGGCGGCUACGUUCCGGCUACAGCGCCACAGCCCACUAGCCAGCCGCAACCACAGAAGAUAGACUACAACCUUUACAGGGAGAAGAGGGAGAGGGAAGAGCGGGAGAGGAGAGAAGAGAGGGAGAGGGAGAGGCAGAGACAGAUGCAGCAGCAGAGAGCGGGGCAGCCCCCGCGCGGCGCGCCGCCCCCCGCGCGGCCCGCGGCGCCCGCGCACAAGCCGGCGCCGUGGCCGCACGCCAAGCCGCACCACAAGCCGCACGAGCCCCGCCCGCGCCCGCCGCCCGCCGAGCCGCCGCGCACGCGCCCGCCCUCGCUGUUCUCGCCCGAGAGCGCCGUCACGCCGCUGGCCGCCGCCGCCGCCCCGCGGAGGCCCCACCCGCCGCCGCCGCGCCCCAGGGAGGCCCCCGCCCGGCCGCCGCACCCACCGCACGCCCAGCCCCAGGCCGAGAGACCGCCCAGUCCCAGGAAGAGACCGGACCCCAAUCUCGCGAUCAGAGAAAUGCAACCGCCCGCCAUCCUCUCGCCCUUCGCCUCCCCGCAAAGCAGUAGGGAGGCUCAGAACAAACAGGAUCAUCACACCCAGAAAGCCAGGAGCCGGUUGCCGUCCGCCUCCGAGCCGGAACUGGUGCCGGUCGUGAAGAAAAUCGAGGAAACGCCCGGCUACGAGAACGUUUUGAGAGAUUCCCAGAGAGGGUCGGUCAGGGCGAAACAGCCGGAGCGAGUCAAAGCCGACGUUGCGACGGAUUCGAGACAAGAACCGAGAGCUCUGAACGGCAUCGAAACGGAUCCCACUUUAGUUUCUAAUCUACUUAAAGAGAGUUUAGCAAAACCGGCCCCUAUUACUGUGGCGACGGAAAGGAAAUCGCCGCAAGUGGAAAUCAAGAAGGAACCGGAAGUUCCUCCACCGCCGCCGCCCGCGGAGGCGCCGGCGGCCCAACCCACAGAGUCCGAGCACAAACACAAAAAGGAGAAGAAGAAGAAGGAGAAACACAAACACAAAGACCGCGACAAGUCGAAAGAGGAGCGGAAGAAACACAAGAAGGACAAGAAACGCGACUCCCCACCGCCGGCCGCUCCGGAAACGGAAGCGCAUAUGAAACUAACAGUUCAAACGGACGCACCGUCCGGCUUGAAGAUAAAAAUACCCAAAGAUCGAUUGGCGGUGCCGCCGCCUCCCCCGCAGACCGGACUAAAGAUUAAGAUAUCCAAAGAAGUGCUGGAGACGUCCAAGCAGAAGCGGAGCCACCCGUCGUCGGCGCCGGGCCCCCCGCCGAAGCUGGCGCGCCACAACGGAGCCCCCCACAAGGUAACCUGGCGGCCGCCGCCCCCCCUGCCGUAUUACAUGGUGCAGCCGCCGCCCGUCUUCUUCGGAGUCGUGGACGGCUACUUCUACCCGCCCAUGUACCCGCCGCCGCAGCCCCCGCUGCCCGACGUGCCCCCGCCGCCGGUGCCGCCACCGCCGCCCGAGUAACAUGACGUGUAAAAACAAAAAAUUAAAAAAAAAACCGUUAAAUUUGAGGUGGUUUACAAACGAUAAAAUGUGGGUAGUCGGGUGUACAAUUAAACUUGAAUUACCUGAUAAAAUCCGUAUUAUAAUAAAAAAAAAAGAAGUCAACAUUGAAGUUGUCUAAAAUGGUAAAAUGGGGGCGGGUCGAAUGUCCAAUUAAAUCAUAUACUAGAUAAAAGGCAUUAAAAUUGAGGUGUAAACCAUCACCAAAAACGCUAAAAUUAUACUAGUUUUUGAUAAAAAAUAACUUGAAUUUAUAAUAUGAUACAUUGGUGAGCUUAUAUAGCAAUCAAAAAAUAAUAUUCAAAGUUUAAAAUUUGAUACAAUACAGUAAAAUUAAAAACAAAAUAAACUUUGAUAAAAAUUUCAGAGUCCAAUGAAAGUAAAUCGAUUAAUAUUUAAAUAAAAAAUAACACUUAAAUUUAAAAAAAUAUAUUUAAAUGAGCAUGAAAAUACUCCAAAAAGAUUACAGCGAAGAACGGUGAAUACAAAUCAAAAAUAUUAAUUAAAAUACCUACGAUUUUUCUAAAUCACUUUCUUCUAUACAAACUUCUGAUUGAAGUAUACUUUAAAUAUAAAAAAACAUUCUUGGUUUUGUCCCUAUUAAUCUUACUACAAAUAGUCGAUCCUAUAUUUACAAUUUUUUGAUAAAGAAUCGUAUAUCGAGGGUGGCGAAAAUAUAUAUUACUUGAAAUUUUACAGUUUCCUAUAUACAGUAUAUUUUCAUGAAAAUAGCAAAGUAUUUCUUAUCACAGAUAAAUAAAAACUUAUUAAUCACGAAAUAUAAAACAUCACACAAAUUUUAAAUAGUAAUCACAAAUUUGUACAUUAGUAUAUUUAAAUAUAUUUUGUCGUUUGCAUUUAUUGGACUUCUUUCAUAUUUAAAUUAAUAUAUUAAAAGAAAUAAUGGUCAACCAUAAAAGUUUUAAUUUGCUGGCCAAGUAAAAUCUAUUUAAAUAUAUAUUUAUUAAACUUCCAUGUUAUUCAUCGAAAAAUCUUAUAAACUCAAUUAAUGCUUAAAAACAAAAGUUAUGUCUUUUUUAAAGCUAUAAUGUGAUUAUUUAAAAAGUAUACAUUAAUGCCAAUUUAUAUAUAAGAAUAUAUUUUAUACGCUCUCUCUUUUAUAUUAAACUCGUAUUUACUGUAGCGUUUUUGAUGUACAUGUAUUUAAAUAUACGGCCGUAUACAAUAUAUUACGGAUAUAUUCUAUUUAUACACACGUUAUUUAAGUGUAUAUAUGUAUAAACAAGUUUCAGACUCGUUUAGGCCUACACAGCCAUUAUUAUUAUAUAUAUUGCAAUAUAUAAAUAAUAUAUAUCGUAGUUGUUUAGAUACAAAUAUAUAUCUAUGUAGACAUAAAUACAUUAUGUGGCUAAUCACAUAGUACCGAUAUACCUACAAAGUGCGCUCAGAAUUAGUACAAAUAUUUCAUCAUAAUGCGAUAUAUCUAAUUAAAAUUUUGCAAAAUUGUAACAAUUUUUUUUCUUUUCCGACGGCAUUAAAAUAAGAAAGAAAUACAAUUCUACAUAUUACUAUAAAGGUUGUAUAUAGAUUUCUAAAUUUCAAACAUAUUUUUAAAAUAUUUGUACUAAUUUUGUACGGACCUUUAUUAUCAUAAACAUUACCAUUUAAGCUUUAAUUCGUGAAAUAUGCUACCUAUUAAAACGAUAUAUAAAUACAUUAAAUAGAUAUAUAAAAAAAGUUACGAAUUUUUACAUAUACAUAUAUAUUGCGUAUAGGUGUAAGGCUUGCUCAAAAUGUAACAAGAUAUAAUACAGGGUUUGUAGGAAAUCGUUCCUUUUGAGAGCUUCUAAAAGUUCAAAGAUAACUUUGUUAAGAUAUUUUAUUGGAUUUUACACAAAUAUUUUUUAUAAAUAUUUAAAAAAUCAUGUAUCAUCCUCUACUGCCGCGAGUUAUGUUUUUGCUUAGCUUUCCAAUAAGCAUAAUUAAUAUAAUUUUUUUUUUGAAGAUAUAAGAAUAGGUAUGUUGUUAAAUUUGUAUAUUUUGUAAAUAUAAAAAAGAAUAUUUUUAUUAAACAGUGGUGCCAUUUAUGUUACCAUUUAAAAAAAUAUAUAAAAAAAAGUUAAGUCUAAUAAUUGUUGUUUUGAUAUAGUUGCUUAAAUUGUACUUAAAUAUUUUAUUUUUCUACAGUUAAUUUUAGAAAGUACAUUGUUUUAGAUAUAAUUACAUAUUUCUCAGUAUAGUUAGAUAUUUGUCCUUCGACAUUUAUUAUUAAAAAUCAUUAAAUAUUUCUAUUUAACAAGAAGUAAUUCGAAAAGAUCUCGGAUAUUUUUUUGUUUUUUUUUUCUAAUAUUAUAUUUUUUACUAUUUAAAAAUCAUGACGUAAAAACUUCGUAUAUAUAUGCUAUACUCUAUAAAAAAGUCUGUCUUUUAAAAAGUAAUUGAAUAUAUUGUACAAACGACCCAAUAUCAAGAUUACACAUUUAACAAUUAGUUAAACACUUUUAUAGUAUAAUUCUUUGGCCUUUUGAUCUCAAGUUAAUUUAACGUCAUUUAUGUCUCUCUUUAUUUUGACGUAGCUUAGUUUGUUCCAUUUUCUAAAUUUAUAUUUUCCUUCAAUGAGUAUAAAAGUUAUACUUACUAGAUAACUCAGUUUUCUAUAAUAUAAUAUCAGAUUCUUUCGUCAUUUGUAAUAUAUUUUUCGGGUAAAACAUUGUGUAAGAUGUUUUACGCGUAAUGUUAUAUUUAAGUAACCAUAUUUAUGUAGUUAUAGAAACAUAUUUUUAUGUACGAGAUUAUAUAGUACCUAGGUAAAGAAUUUCCUGAUUUGUAUAUAUUUUACGUUAUAAUAUACUUUUUUAAGAACAUUGAGUUUAAAAUUUAAAUUUAUAAAAUAUAUUUAAAACGAGUUUCACAUUUUAAGUUUUGAUUUAAUUGUAUUUUGAAAUUUAUUUCAAUUAUUUUUGUAAUUUAUUGACUCAUUGUAAGGCGAUUUCAGAACAAUAUGUAGAAAGAUUUGGUGGUCAUUUGCGUCAGCGACUCAGCGACAAUACUAAUAUAUAAUUCAAAAAUGUUACACACUUUAAAAUAAAAUACAUACAUAAGUUUAAAUAAUUCGAAUUGAUUUAAAUGAAUGGAAAAAAACUGUUUCGUUUCACUAUUUUAUUAACUAAUGACUUUAUAAGAAAAAUCAACUCAUAAUAAAAAAAAAACUAUUGAUUUCUUUUAGGUUUUUAAUGUUGCUAGAAUAUAACUCUUGUUUCUUUUUUAUAUUUUUCUCUUUUUAUUAUAUAAGAAUUCCAAACUAAAAAAAAAUAAAUAUAUAAAGCUCCAAAAAUGUGCAUACAUAAACAUCGGUUGUGCUUUUUCAUUUUCAGUUUUUCGUUAUUUUUAUAUGCGGUGCUCAUAAACAAAAAAAAAGUAUAAAAUUGGAAACAAAGAUGAUAAAUAAAUCCUUUAAAAAUAAUGAUUUAAGAGCACGACAUAUACAAAUAAUAUAAAACUUGUUCAGAUAGUCCACUAUGAAAAAUGUACAUAUGUUUAAUUUUUUUUAAUAAAUGCCCAUUUGCAAAAAUGUUAUGAGUUUCUAUUGUUCUCAUUCAAAAUUUUAUCCUUUUAUUAUUACAAGUUUUUCAAUUAAAUAAAUAGCGUUUCGUGAGAGUGGUUUAACGUUACCUAUAUUUUUUCAAAUGGGCAUAAUUUAGGGCAUGUUAAUUGAUGCUUUACAAAAAUAUUAUUUUUUUACACUGUUUUUUUUUUUAUAUUGCACUGUUUUAUACCCACUUGUUUAUUUGGCUGUUGAAUUUUAAGUUUGCUGAGUGGUGUCUUCCUUUAAUGUCUUAAAAAAGUUUUGAACUUUUGACAUUUUCUUUUUUUUUCUGUAAACUUGAAAUGUAACAGCUAAAUGUUAGCUUGUGCGCAGCUGUGUAUAUCGUGACCUGUGGGGCUCAAAACUAUUCCAAAUUCGAGAUAACAAUCUAAUUCCACAUAUUUGGAAUGGGUUAAGAAUGCACUACAUCAUAGCUGGGUCUUUGCUUUAUUAAAAAAAAACCCCUGGUGGCGGGUGGGAUGUGCUUCGCAGAUCGGAAUUCGAAUUUUCAAUUUGAUUUCGAUCUGUCAGCGUGGGUAUUCGAAAUUCAAAUUCUUUGAGCGACUCUGCAUAGAUACAUAUCCGAUAGGUUUUUUGGAUAAAUUUAAACACUGGCCAUUUUUUCAACUUUAUUUUUAGAAGAACAUUUCUUAGUUCAAUCGGUAACUCUUGCAAUUAAAAUAUUAGGCUUACAUAUUUACAAAAGUUGUCCGAACUAUAAUUCUGGAUAUAUACAACAACAUCAGAAUAUUAACGUAUUUUUUUUAAACUAUAAUGCUCUCUGCACGCCCUGAUAUUUGAAGAUUUUUUUUUUAUCUAAUGAGAUGGCGGGACCAAUGAAUAAAUCGUGAUAAAAAUUAAAUUAUGAGAAAUUAAAAAAAAAAAACAAGCAGUGAGUGACUUGCGUUAGUUUCAAAGAACCUAAAAUACGGUGUCUUCCCUUAUUUUAUAACAUAGUAAUCGAGGGUGAAUUAACCUCGAUUACAUAUAUCAAUUUCUCGUGCGUAUUGGCAUCGGAGAUUAGUUUGGUUUCCAACUGAUUACUACAUGAUAUGCCUAUAUUAGCUAGCUUGACGUGACUCUAUCUAUGUAUGUAAUUCUUGAUAACAAAUGCUAGCGACGUGCCAUUUCAAAAUCAGUUUAUCUUCCUUUAAGUUAAUUAAGAGUGAUCUAUCUCAUUACAAUCUUGGAUUUCGACUUAACGUGUUACCCAUCUCACUUUCUCAUAAUCCGCGGUUAACACAAACGGAAAGAGAGGGAAGACAUUAUCUUGUUUCGUCAAUAAGUUGGUAGUUAUAAAAAUCACAGUCAACAGCGUAUCAACCCGAAUUCACUGGAAAUUCGACUCUAUUACCGCGUCAUUGAGUUCCAUGCCAGACAAUGUUGACAUGCGGUUGAUUUUGAGCAGUACAAUCUAUCGGAUAUGGAUCUAUGAAGCGCUAGUAAGGCGUGUAACCCCGCAGCCCUAUAGGAACGACGACACACGGCUUUGCGCUCAACGCUCGUCUCGU